AUGGAGCAAUCCAAGGAGCCGCAGUUGGAUGGAGAUGCCUGCGGUGAUCGAAGGCCAAGAACCUUGGAUCUGGAUGCAUGGCGGCAGGACUUGCAGCGCCUCCACGUCACCAUCGACCAGGUUGUGCAGACCUUCAUCGCCUCGCAGACCCGACAGUUAGACGCCGUCGCUACGGAGCUGUCGUCGCAACGCGACAGGAUCGAGAGCGAAGCAGCAAGUGCUUGCAUUCCUGAGGCCGAAGCCCAGCGGUUGCAAGACCUGGGCUUUGAUGUCUUGUCCAUCGAAGAUGAUGCCUCUCGCGAGGCAUUGGCUUGCUAG